GCAGGCGGAGCCCGCCCUGCCGCCGCCACCGCGGGCUCCUCGGCCGGCUCUCGCCAUGGGGCUGCAGCCCCGGCGCGCAGCGGGGCCCUGUCCGCCCGCGGGGAGAUGCGCCGCCCUGCCCGGGGCCCCGCGCAGCGCGGCCGCCUGGGCCCGCAGCGAGGAGCCGGAGGGGGCUCCCGGCCGCGCCGCCUCCCUGCCGCCCAUCCUGCCGGCGCCCGCCGCUUCCCCCGGCGCCGCCCGGGCGCAGCCCAAGAAGGCGCCGGCGCCGGCGGCGGCCCCCAAGAAGGCUGCGCCUCGGCCGGCGGAGGAGAAGGCGGCCAGGAAGGCGCGGGCGGCGCCCCCGGAGCGGGCGGGCCCCCUCUCCAGCUCCUGGCCCUGCGCCUCCCUGCAGCGGCAGCCGCCGCGGAGGCCGCCGGCCGAGCGGGGGGCGCGGCCCCAGCCCGCCCCGCCGCAGCCGCGGGGCCGCCCGCGGGCGCCGGGGCCGGGCAGCCGCUCCUGCGAGAGCCUGGGCGGGGCGGCGGGGGAGACGGCGCCGCGGUUCUCGCUGAGCCUGCCGCCGGAGGCCGUGCGGGUGCUGCAGCGCCGCAGCCUGGAGCGGCAGCGGGGGCAGCCCGCCCUCUCCCCCGGCGGCAGAGCGGGCCCGGGGCCGGCCCCGGCGCGGCGCGGAGGCCGGGCGGGCGGCGGCCGGACGGGCGGCGGCGACUUGCGCGCCCUGCUGAAGAUCUCGCUGCUCAACGACAGGCACCGCUACGACGACGAGGAGUACGAGGAGGAGGAGGAGACGGCGGCGGGGGCCGCGGUGGACGAGGGGCUGGUGCGGAAGUGCACCGAGUGGCUGCGCGGCGUGGAGAGCGCGGCCGGCCGCGACCGCGACCGCCCCGACAGGCUGGAGACGCUGCCGCACCUGGGCACCCUCUGAGCCCCCGCCGGCGGAGCGGGGCCCGGGGAGGAGGCGGCGCCGCCGCCGUCCGCUCCCCGCGGCUCUUCUGCCCCGAGACCCGGUGGGCGACGGGGGGGCUCGGGUUCGGCCUCGGCGGGGCCCGCGGCCCGGAGCCGGUCCCCGGGAAGGCGCCGGCGCUGGGGCGAGGGACAAAGGAGCGGCGGCGGGAGGGAGAGGGGCCGGCUGUGGGCGUCCUGCCUCCCCUUCCCCGGUUUUUUUAAGACUCUCGACUACUUUGUAAGAUGCGCGUAAUGAUUUUGUAUAUUUGUACAUAAAAGCUCAUUUUUAUUUAUUUGAAUAAAUGGCUGUUGCGUUGCACUA